UCCGUUCAAUAUGUCGGAACACGAGACAGUGACGUGCUCUCCACCUGCCCAUUUGCACGCUCCCCCACCACUCGAAACCCUAAUUCCUAUGGAGAGAUACCGAGAUAAAUAGAGAGAGAAAGUAGAGAGAGUGUGAAUACAGAAUUAUAAAGGAGAAAAAUAUUAAUUAGUUUCCCAAUUCACUUCACUGCAUGAUGAGCAUAUCAACACACAGGAACAGAUAAGAGGUUUUACACAAGUAACUUCACUGGUAAUAGAUGUUCAACCUUUCCCUUCUUUAUUCCCUUAUCCUUUGUGUUUCUUACCUGAUUCUGUUUAUUGGGUUCAAUUUGCCUUCUACUUCUUGGAUUUCUGUAUGCUGCAAUCUCUCUCUAGAUCUCUCUGGGGUAAAAAGAUUUAUAAUAUUUAUUCCGGGAGGCUGAGGGUACUAAUCGAUCCUUUGACUUUCAAUCGGGUGGCCUUCCAAGUCGUUACAAUUCUUUUUGCUAGGUUCUGAAACUUCUUAUCAGGGGCGAUGGAUUGUCUUCAAGAGACUCGAACUUGAAAAAGGGUUUGAAUUUUGUUCGCAGUCAAUCAAGAAAACUGAAGGAAGCAAAGGUCACAAUCAUCAAGAUUUGUGUUUCUUCAUUAAUUUCGAGCUGAAUCGAUCAAAAUUUCAGCCAUGGCUAAUCCUUGGUGGACGGGACAGGUGGGGUUGCCGGGGUUAGAACCCGGGUCUCUGAUGAAAAAAAGUGAGAGAGAAUUAUUCAUCAAUGAAAGAAAUGGAGGAAGCAGCAGCAGAGGCGAUGAAGAAGAAGACACGGGAGACGAGCCUAAAGAGGGAGCUGUAGAGGUUGGUACUCGUAGACCUCGAGGCCGGCCGCCUGGAUCUAAGAACAAGCCAAAACCACCAAUUUUUGUCACCCGAGAUAGCCCUAACACGCUGCGCAGCCAUGUCAUGGAGGUCGCUGGUGGCUCAGAUGUGGUAGAAAGCAUAGCCCAAUUCGCCAGAAGGCGUCAACGAGGCGUGUGUGUAUUGAGUGGAAGUGGAUCAGUGUCCAAUGUCACCAUCAAACAGCCGGCUGAGCCUGGCGCCGCCGUAUCUCUCACUGGCAGGUUUGAAAUUCUGUCACUAACCGGGGCUUUCCUCCCCGGCCUGGCGCUGCAAGAAGCCACCGGGUUGAAGGUGUACCUAGCUGGUGGUCAGGGGCAGGUCGUGGGGGGAUGUGUUGUUGGACCACUGAUGGCAGCAGGGCCUGUUAUGGUCAUUGCUGGUGCAUUCACUAAUGCAACUUAUGAAAGAUUGCCUCUUGAAGAAGAGGACAAGGCCGGGGCCUCGGUUGGAGGGACGGAGAAUUCGCCGCCAGGAAUCGGAACCAGUCGAGGCCAAACCGAACACGGGAUUCCUGAGCCAUCUUCACUGGCAAUGACUUACAAUUUGAUACCAAAUUUAUUGCCAAAUUGUGUACAGUUGAAUCAAGAUGCAUAUGCUUGGGCACAUCCUAGGCCACCUUAUUGAGAGCAAGAUAAAAUUAGGUAAUUCAAGAAUCCUCACUUUCUGUAUUAUAUUAUUAAUCAAGAAUUAGACUUAUAAAUCAAGAUGUUAUUAUAUUAGGGAGUUAUUACUCCAUCUGUGUACAUUAAUUGAACUUCCUUUUUGUCUUAUUUUCUAUUCCUCUUCUUUGUAAUAAAAAUAUGGUUUUAUUAACACUUUUUCUUGUCCUUUGAAAUAAA